UGAUUAUCCGGGUCUCAAUACGCACACACCAACGUGCUUGCUAGGAUUCAUCUCUACUGCUGUACUCUUACUCGCGAUCAUCCGUUCGAUGGCCGAUAAUGAAGCUGCUCAAGCUUCCCAAGAUUCUGGGCAUUACGGAGGAUGCGAGGGCCCCGAAGCAAUGUACGUGAAAUUGAUAAGCAGCGACGGGCAUGAGUUCAUCAUCAAAAGAGAGCACGCUCUGACGUCUGGAACAAUAAAAGCAAUGCUGAGCGGUCCGGGACAAUUUCACGAAAAUGAGACGAACGAGGUGAACUUCAGAGAAAUCCCAUCACAUGUCUUGCAGAAGGUAUGCCAGUACUUUACCUACAAAGUUCGCUACACCAACAGCAGCACGGAAAUACCCGAGUUUCCUAUUGCUCCGGAGAUAGCUCUUGAGCUUCUGAUGGCAGCCAACUUUCUAGACUGCUGAGGAACCGUGCAGCUCCAUAGUUGCUCUGGACGUUUCUAUCCGUUGUUGUAAAUUGUGACUUGCUGAGUUGUGUUGUGUGAGUUUUGAGGGUGGAAGUAGACCUCAGAUACAUAGAGAUAUGUUUUGUUGCUUCAAGCAGAACCAAUUUGAAUAGUAAUGGUA